AUUUGCUCCUCUCCAAUCAGAAUGUGUUCUUAUUCAACAUUUCUCUAUCUUGUCCUUUUUCCAAUGGUUUCUGCCACUGGACAUCUUCGUCUUGAGCUCACUGCUUCUAGUCAUUUUUCAUUGCAUCUUUCAACUAAUUCAAGUCUUCAAACUGUGGAAUUGGCAAUGGGAGCUUCAAGAACUCUCAGUUUUCAUCCAAAAGAUCAUCAAGAGACUCUUGAAAUUGUAUUUUCAAAGGAAUUCAACUUCCCAUUGAAGUAUGCUUUUAAAAUGGAAACUGAUGAUAGUAGCUAUCAAACAUUUGCAUUCACUGAUAUUGUUCUUCUUGUUAAAUCGACUUUUGAAUGUGAUGCUGGUUUCAAUGGAAAAUCAUGUCAAGAGAAGACUACAAGUACAACAACUACUACUUCUACUACAACUGAAAUCACAACUACUACCACUACAGUUUUGAUUUCGGAAGUUCCAUCAACUACUCCAAUUAUUAAAGUUGCAGCAUUCCAACAAUCAAAUCCCUCAAAUAUUGUUCUGUACUCCGUGCUUAUCCUCGUCAUAGUCACUCUUCUCAUCUUGGUUUUCAUAGUUUUCUUCCUUCUCAAAUUCCCAAAGAAAAACGUCUACAUUCGACCAGAAACUCCAAAUUUGGAAAACUGCCCAGUGAAGAUUGAAGAUUCUAGAUUCUUUUCUCCUAUGAGCCCAAGAUAUACCACCGAGCCACAUAAACUUUUUUGACUUUAAAUUGUUAAUAUUCAAAUCUUAAGAUGGUCCAAAAAAAAAAAUAUAACUAAAUGAAUAAAUUCCAUAC